CUUGCUGGGCACGGGCAUCGCGGGCAUCUUCGGGCCGUCGUCGGACGUGACCAGCAUGCACGUGCAGUCCAUCUGCGACGCACUGGACGUGCCGCACAUCGAGAUGCGCUGGGACUUCCAGCUGCAGCGGGACGACCUCUCCAUCAACCUCUUCCCCAAGCCCGCGGUGCUGGCCAAGGCGUACGUAGACCUCAUCAAGACAUGGGGCUGGAACAGGUUCGCCCUCGUCUACGAGGACCACGAAGGUAUCAUAAGGCUUCAGGAUUUUCUGAAAGAGGCCCGGGGCAACGAUUGGCACAUCCAAAUGUACCAGUUCCACUCUGGUCAGCCGUACCGGGACCUUUUCUGGAAGAUCAAGAAGACAAAGGAAACACGAGUUGUGCUGGACGUCAAGAGGGAAAACCUUUUCACUGCCCUGAAACACGCGCAGCAAGUUGGCAUGCUUACAGAAAGCCACAGUUACCUGAUUACAUCUCUGGACUUGCACACGGUGGACUUGGAAGAAUUCAAGUACGGCCAGACCAAGAUUACCGGCUACCGAUUGGUGGACGUGGACAGUCCGGAGCUGCAGGGAUUUCUCAAGGACUGGGAGGUCAUCUCAUCCAGGAUGGACCGCAAGGCGCCGGUCCCACAAACCAUCCGGACGGAGACGGCGCUGAUGUAUGACGCUGUGAAGCUGUUUGCCAUGGGUUUGCACCAAUUGGACCUGACCAAGGCAGUAGACUUCCCGGUGAUUUCGUGCGAUAUGGCCGUCUCCUCGUCCGAUGGCAGCAGCCUCAUCAACCUAAUGAAGCCCAUCACCCUACAGGGUCUGACCGGAGAGAUCAGCUUUGACCCUCAAGGAUUCCGGUCGUCCUUUAGCCUGGACAUUAUGGCCCUGAAGAGUGACGGGUUGCAGAAGGUGGGGCACUGGACACCCAGAGACAACGUGACCGUAGAAGACAACGUAACGUCCGACUACGAUUCGCUCCUCAUCAAAGACAAGACUUUGAUCGUGACCACAGUUCUCACUGAUCCGUACAUGAUGCUCAAGGAGUCGGCGGCAGACCUGCAAGGCAACGAUCGCUUCGAAGGCUACUGUGUAGACCUCCUGAAGGAGCUGUCUAAGCAGUUGAACUUCAAGUACGAGAUCCGGCUGGUCAAGGACAGGGCUUACGGCAUUCAAAACGCCAGUGGAGACUGGAACGGAAUGAUAGGAGAGAUAGUCAAUGGAAAAGCGGACUUGGCUAUAGCCGACCUGACCAUCACGUCUAAACGAGAGGUGGCGGUGGACUUCACGAUGCCCUUCAUGAACACGGGCAUCAGCAUACUCUUCAAGAAGCCCACUCAGAAGGUGACGACGCUGUUCAGCUUCCUGUCGCCCUUCAGCAUGGAAGUGUGGGCGUACGUAGUGGGCGCCUACAUCGGCGUUUCGGUGGUUCUCUUCCUUGUGGGCCGCCUGAGCCCCUACGAGUGGGACAACCCGCACCCGUGCCGCCAGAAUGACCAGGUUCUCGAGAACAGCUUCAGCCUGCUCAACUCGCUCUGGUUCACCAUCGGCUCGCUCAUGCAGCAGGGUUCCGACCUGGCACCCAAAGCCAUGUCAACGAGAACAGUGGCUGGCAUCUGGUACUUCUUCACGCUCAUCAUGAUAUCAUCCUACACCGCCAACUUGGCCGCCUUUCUCACAGUCGAGAAGACUGUUUACCCCAUCGAGAACGCCGAGGACUUGGCAAAACAAAGCAAGAUAAAAUAUGGCUGUCUACGUUCGGGCAGCACACGGACAUUUUUUAACGAAUCUAAGAUUCCAACUUACAAGCGGAUGCACAAGUACAUGCUAGACAAUGAGCAGGACGUGUACACGGAGUCAUCCAGCGACGGCGUGAACCGCGUCAAGGCGGGAGAUUACGCCUUCCUCAUGGAAUCCGCUUCAAUCGAGUACAUCAUCGAGCGAGACUGCAACCUAACUCAAAUUGGCGGUCUCCUAGACAACAAAGGAUACGGCAUCGUCACUAAAAAAAAAUCACCGUACCGCCAGAUCUUGUCUAGCGGCAUCUUGAAGCUGCAAGAAGCGGGCAAGCUGCACAGCUUCAAAGAGAAGUGGUGGAAGGAGCGCAAAGGCGGCGGCAAGUGCGUCGACGACUCCAAGAAGUCGUCGGCCGUCACCGAGCUCAGCCUGGCCAACGUGGGCGGAGUGUUCGUCGUCUUGCUCGGCGGCCUCGGCCUCGCCUCCGUCGUGGCCGUCAUGGAGUUCUUCUUCAAGGCCAAGAAGAUGGCCAAGGAAGACUCGGUCUCCCUGUGCAAGGAGAUGAUGAAGCAGCUCAAGUUCGCCAUAUCGUGCCGCAGUUCCACGAUGCCCGUCAAAGGCAACAAGCCGCCCGAAGUGGACAGCAACGGCGGAGACUACCGCAUCUCCACGCUGCCGUCCUUCACGUCGGACUUUUGAGCGCGCGUGUGUCCCAGUGUGGACGACGGGCGGCGACGGUGAUAUAACAUUAUGCCUACAGGACUCUUACGUGCCCGUCAACACCGCCUCCUGUCGCACCUGCCCCCGUACCCGAACCCCCGUGUGCUCUCAUCUCCACGUUCAACACACUCCGCGGACGUUACGUUUUAGCGGUCUUUCUUACCGGGAUAUGUGCUGUCCUGUCCACGUACCCACGGUUUCCGCUGCAGCCUUUGGUUACCCCGGGCACUUGAUAUCUUAGUGAUCUCCCUUGACCAUGCUUUGAUUUCAAUGUCGUUGUUAAGUGUCGUACGUCCUCGUGUGUGUCAUUAUUUGCGUACCUUGCUGUAGUUUUUUUUUUUUCAAACACACAUGGCUUUCUUCCUUUCGCAGAAGCUUACAUACAUAAGCGAAGGAGAUGUUCUCAUAAUGAUGGAAGCUUAAUGUUGUCAACAAUGAUGGAACAACGGACCUCGCCAGAGGAAACAUGUCGACAAGUGCGCUUGUCUUAGCCGGGGAGGUAGAAACAUUGUUGCGUUGCCCUUGUCGAAAUAUUGGCUUCAGGGGCAUUGUUUAUUCGGCCACUGUUACUAAUCUUAAAUUUUGUAUCAUCGGGUAGGUGGACAAAGCCAAGAAGCAGAAUGUCCUGGAUGCAGCUUGUCUCUACUAUUAUGGUUACCUUGAAAGGAUAGGUUAUGCUGUUCGCCAGUAAGUCGUCGGAACAUACGUUUGAAGUUGAGAAGCCUAUCUAGUUCAGCUUUUUGGUUAGUCGUACCGCAAGAAAACAACGCAGAAAAGCGACGAAGUGGAA